ACUCUCGUGAAUUUUUGUAGGAUUUAACGCAACUUUGUCAGCAUUCUCUGACUAGGGCUAAUGUUGUGUGAUCAAUUUCCCUCUUGAACUUUAAUCUCUCUAAUUUUCUUACAUUUUCUCUCGCUUUCUUUCACCUUUGCGGGAUCUACUCACUCUUAUUCUCAAUGUAAGUUCUCUUCUCUUCUUCCCGCCGUCAAUUUCUUCACACUCUGCUGCAUGCCCCCAGAGUCUAUGAAUUUAUGAGUGAAGUUUUCACUGAAAAUUUUGAGAAUGGGUUAUUUUUCUUAGGGUAUCUGGGCAAGCCUAAAUCGUAUCAUCCCAAUUGUUUCAUUCGUUGUUUUGGAUGAUGUUAUUGAUCAAAAUUAAAACUUUGAUUCGUUGGUGAAGUGGGGGUUGGAUUUUUCUGGGUUUGUGGGUGUUCUAGAUAUGAUAAAACAGAUAUUCGGUAAAAUACCCCGCAAGCCCUCAAAAUCAUCACAAAAUGAUUCAAAUUGUGAAGGAGGGCUCAAUGGUGGUUUCUCUAUGAAUUCAUCUUCUGGGCUCAAUUCUAAUACCCUCUUGAAACCCAAUUCAGUUUCUUCAAGUUCUGGUUCAGUUGGGUCUCGUGUUGGGAAUGGGACUAUUGCUCAACCCUUAACAAAUCAAACUAAGAAAUCAGCUCAUACAAUGGGUCCAGUGAUGGCUUCUGCAGUUUAUGAGGCUUUGCCAAGUUUUAGGGAUGUUCCUAGCUCAGAAAAGCAGAAUCUUUUUAUUAGAAAGUUAAAUUUGUGUUGUGCUGUGUUUGAUUUUAAUGAUCCUGCCAAACAUCUCAAAGAGAAGGAUAUUAAGCGGCAAACUUUGCUUGAGCUUGUUGAUUAUGUUUCAUCUGUGAAUUCGAAGUUCAAUGAGGUAACAAUGAAGGAGAUGACAAAGAUGGUGGCGGCCAAUUUGUUCCGCGCACUACCAUCUUCCAAUCAUGAAGGCAAGUUGGCAGAAAUUUGCGAGCCUGAAGAAGAGGAACUUGUUUUGGAACCAGCAUGGCCUCAUCUACAGAUUGGGUAUGAAUUUCUCUUUAGAUUUGUGGCUUCACCAGAGACAGAUGCUAAGCUUGCUAAAAGAUACAUCGAUCAUUCAUUUGUGUUGAAACUGCUUGACCUUUUUGACUCGGAAGACCAGAGAGAGAGGGAUUACCUGAAGACUAUUCUCCACCGUGUUUAUGGGAAGUUCAUGGUGCAUCGGCCAUUCAUUAGAAAAGCUAUCAACAAUAUCUUUUACAGGUUCAUAUUUGAGACAGAGAAACACAGCGGGAUUGCAGAGUUGCUAGAAAUAUUGGGCAGCAUAAUUAAUGGUUUUGCUUUGCCUUUGAAGGAAGAGCAUAAGUUGUUCCUUGUCCGUGCUCUCAUCCCGCUUCACAAGCCCAAGUGUGUUGCUCUUUAUCAUCAACAGCUUUCUUAUUGCAUUACUCAGUUUGUCGAGAAGGAUGUGAAGCUGGCUGAUACUGUGGUUCGAGGCCUUUUAAAAUAUUGGCCGAUAACUAACAGUGCAAAGGAGGUAAUGUUCCUUGGUGAGUUGGAGGAAGUUUUAGAGGCAACUCAAACAGCUGAAUUUCAGCGAUGUGUGAUACCAUUAUUUCGACAAAUUGGUAGAUGCCUCAAUAGCUUUCACUUUCAGGUUGCUGAACGAGCACUGUUUCUGUGGAACAAUGAUCAUAUUCGAAAUUUGAUCCUACAAAACUGCAAAGUGAUACUGCCUAUAGUCUUCCCUGCUUUGGAGAAAAAUAUACGGGGCCAUUGGAACCAAGCUGUUCAGAGUUUAACCGUGAAUGUUAGAAAAAUAUUCUCUGAUGCUGAUCAGGCACUUUUUGAUGAAUGCUUGAUGAGAUUCCAAGAAGAAGAAAUAAAGGAUAGGGAGAAGCAAGAAAAGCGAGAAACCAUAUGGAAACAACUGGAAGAUGUUGCUGCAUCUAAGGCUGUAAGCAACGAGGCAGUCCUUGUCUCAAGGUUUGUGUCCUCUGUUGCAAUUGCUACCAGUGCAAAUCAAUUGGCAACUGCAGGUGGUUGAGAUCCGUCAGAGAUCCAAAUUGAAUGUUACGACCCCAUGAUCAGGAACAGAAGGGAAUAGGGGUUGAUGUGGAUAUCGUACAGCUCCUUGUUUCUGGGCCUUCUGACUCCGACUUUUGUGCUGGAAUCAUGGGUUCUAUAUGUACCAUAAGUUUAUAAUAGGCAGUAUUUAUUUAGAAGUCUAAUCAUUGAGAUUAUGCAGUUGAUACAAAAGCAAUCCUUUCCUUUUGGUACCUUGCUGUAAUUUUUAACAUCAGUAAUUUCUAUUUCUUUUAACUUUUUGCAGA